ACCAGUCGGCGUACUAGCUCUGGUCCAGGGCGUUAUGCUAACCACUGUUGCUUGUGCAGCUAGCAAGUGCGCACUUCUUAGCUAGCAAGUACACACUAGAUAGGUAGUAGGCCUACAACACUAGCUAGUUAGUACAACACUAGCUAGCAAGUACCUAGCCUCCAAUUCUACAAGUAAUUUCACCACCAGUGCGGGUUGGUGGCAGUAAAACACCAUCCUUUCUGGCAUCAUUAGACCUAUCGGAGCUGGUCUGUCCUGAGAAAGUAUCUGCUGGAGCCAGACCCUAUUGCCGGAUUGCCUGAAACCAAUGACUGAAUGGACAAAGCCAUCGAUCACUUGACACCAUUCAUUUCUAUGUGAGGACUCAGACUGCAACUAUGUCCAAAGUUCCUCCACACAAACUCCACCAGCCACACCUGGCCCUUCAGCGCCAUCGCUGAACUAAUAGUUCAUUCAGCUUUUUGUGAUUUCGGGACCAACCCCUGGUAGGCGUCAACAUUUGCAGCCGUUUCUAGAUGAUGAAUUGAUUUGCAGUCGAUAUGCAAAUGAAGGCUGUCACUUUGUUCAGAGACAAUGCCUACGAUCCUGAUGUUAACGCCAAGCAGUUCUGGAUUGAUAAGACGCAGAUCAAAGAGCAAGACUGCCUCAUCUUCAUGGACAAUGGAAAUGGAUUGGACUAUGAAAGGAUGCACAAGAUGCUCAGCUUCGGUUACAGUGAUAAGAGAGUCAUAAAUGGCAAGCACCCGAUUGGUCUCUAUGGUAACGGCUUCAAGUCCGGGUCCAUGCGUCUGGGGAAAGAUGCCAUUGUGUUCUCCAAGUCGCAAGACGGAGACACCAUGCAAGUAGGCAUGCUCUCCCAGAGCUACCUGGCACAGAUCAAAGCAGACGAGAUCAUUGUGCCCAUCAUCUCCUUCCAAUGUCUCCCACACAGCCAGUUCUCUGUGAAUGAGAAGCACAAGGCUAGUCUGCAGGACAUCCUGCGUUACUCUAUCUUUAAAACGGAGAACGAGCUGCUCGAGGAGCUCAAAGCCAUCAGCUCCACAGGCUCCUCGGGAACACGCAUUAUCGUCUGGAACCUGCGCAGGACGAUAACAGGACCGACAGAAUUUGAUUUCACGUCAUUCAGCGACGACAUCAAAAUCCCAUUGGAUGUGUUGGAGAGCAACAGUGACCAAUACAGACAGUCAGAGCUGCUCACAAAACCAGAGAGUUACUACUCGCUACGUGCAUACUGCAGUAUUCUGUACCUGAAGCCCCGGAUGCAGAUCAUAAUUCGAGGUCAGAAAGUGAAGACUGAACUCAUCUCCAAGAGCCUGGCUUACAUUGCUAAGGACCAUUACAAGCCUAACUUUGUGAACAGACGCAUCCCCGUGACCUUUGGGUACAACACCAAGAGCAAGGAACAAUACGGCAUCAUGAUGUACCACAAAAACCGCCUUAUCAAAGCCUAUGAGCGAGUGGGCGUUCAACUCAAGGCCAACAUCCAAGGUCUCGGGGUCAUUGGGGUCAUCGAGUGUAACUUUCUGGAGCCCACCCACAACAAGCAGGAUUUUGACAAUACUGACAAAUACAGGAAAACCAUCAACAACUUGGGGGUAAAGCUGGAGGACUACUGGAAAGAGAUACGCUUUAAGAGAAACAAAGAAGAUCCUAGCAGCACCACACCAGUGGAAGACACCAUGAAACGUCCAGACCAGAACUGGGUGCAGUGUGACACCUGCCUGCGCUGGAGGAAGCUGCCAGAUGGAAUUGAUUGCAAACGGCUCCCAAAGGAGUGGUUCUGCCACAUGAACCCUGACCCCCAGUUCAGGAGCUGCACGGUAGACGAAGAGCCUGAAGAUUCCGAUGACCAACCUUCAUACCAGAAAACCCACAAGCAACAUGAAAGGAACAUCAAAAUGAAGCAGGAUAAGAAACAACAACAGGAUGAAGAUGAGCAGAAGGCAGAGCAGAUGCAGAUUAAGGCACUGGCUCAGAACAAGACUCUGAAGCACCAGAGGAUCUCUUGCCUCACCAAAGCAUCCCGGUCAACCCCUCCGCCCCCGUCAACCCCUCCGCCCCCGUCAACCCCUCCGCCCCCGUCAACCCCUCCGGCCCGGUCAACCCCUCCGGCCCGGUCAACCCCUCCGGCCCGGUCAACCCCUUCAGCCCCUUCAACCUCUACGGCCGCGUCAACCCCUUCAAAUCUAAGAAUGAAGAGAACCCUGGCCAUGACCCCUGAAAGUGAGACAAAAAGACCCAGGUUGAAUGGUUUCCAUAACAACACCCCCAUGGAGACUGUAUCACUGACUGCAGAAACAACCAUGUCAUCCACGUCAGUCGUCAUCUCUAUUGACAAUGACGACGAUAACAUCAUGGAUGACGAUGACAUUAUGAUCUUGGAGAUCAACAGCACCCCUAUUCAAAAGAAGGCAACCUUUGACCUUGCCAUGGUAAAAUCAGAGAGCAGGGCUAUGGAGACACCUGGCACUGGCAACGUUAAAACUAGCUGCACAGGAACAAGCUCUGUGGAGAUGGGAACUGCGGCGACCAGAUACUCCCCUCCACCACCUUCCUCAGAGCAGGUGAGCAUCACCACCCAGACAGAGAUAUGGAGCAAAGUGAAGGACGAAGAUGAGGAGCACAAGGAGAAAAGGGAGAAGGAGUAUAAAGGGAGGGACAGAACCGAACCAGGCCCUUCCACACCAAACCCACCCUCUGCUGGCCCAUCCACACCAGGCCCAUCCUCUUCUGGUCCAUCCGCCCCAGACCCAUCAGACCAUUCUAUGAUUGACUUCCGUAACAUGUCAGAGGCCCAGGAGCAGCAGGACCAGCUGCUGGAGCUCAUGCAGGCUGCAGCCCACGAGAGGGACCAGUUCAAGGAGCAAGUCAACAAGUUGACCACCCAGCUCCAUAACCUGGAGGGCAGCAUGCAGGAGCUCUCCCAGGCCACUGUGAAGAGAGAGUUCUGCCACCAGGCCUGUCAGACUGGAGAAGGAGGGGAAGAAGGAGAGCAGUCGGAGAGGAUUAAGGUUGAGAUUAUAGAGGAGGAGAGGGGCAACCUCUGGUCUCUUUGUGAGACGCUGCAGCAGGACGUGGUGGAGCUGAGGAGGGAGAAACAAGAGUGGGAGAGAGAGAAACAGGAGAGAGAGAAACAGGAGAGAGAGAAACAGGAGAGAGAGAAACAGGAGAGAGAGAAACGGCUGACAGAGAAACAGGAGAGCGAGGGAGCUCAGGCAUCAGCUGCCCAGGCAGAGAGACUGAGGGAGCUUCGGAGGAGCGUUGGUCGUCUCCUGGUCACGUUUGUCCCAGCGCUGGACCUCGAACAAGUAAACUAUGACUGUUCAGUCAUUGACGAGAUCCUCGACCAGGUUCUUACUGACGUGGAGUCCAUGGGGCCUGUGUAGGGGCCUGUGGGCGGGAUAUGGAUGGAGGGGUUGUCAUCCAUCUUACUCUGUAAGGUGAGGCAAACCUGCGGAUAGUCACAGAUAAUUCCUGCCUAUCCUUUUACAUUUUUACACUUUUUAAACUUGUUUUAUAUGGAAUUUUUUUUACAAACAAAAAAAGGAAAUGAACACAUAAUACCCCAUAAUGACAAAGUAACAACAGGUUUGUAGAAAUUUUUGCAAAUGUAUUAAAAAUAAAAAACAGAUACCUUAUUUACAUAAGUAUUCAGACCUUUUGCUAUGAGACUCGAAAUUUAGCUCAGGAGCAUCGUGUUUCCGUUGAUCAUCCUUGAGAUUGAUCAUCCUUGAUUAGAAUCCAUUUAAAUUAAUUGGACAUGAUUUGGAAAGGCACACUACUUUGAAUGUCCCCAAGAACACAGUGGCCUCUAUCAUUCUUAAAUGGAAGAAGUUUGGAACCACCAAAACUUUUCCUAGAGCUGCCUGCCCGUUCAAACUGAGCAAUUGGGGGAGAAGGGCCUUGGUCAGUGACGUGACCAAGAACCCGAUGGUCUCUCUGGCAGAGCUCCAGAGUUCCUCUGUGGAGAUGGGAAAACCUUCCAGAAGGACAACCAUCUCUGCAGCACCACCAAUCAGGCCUUUAUGGUAGAGUGACUGGACGGAAGCCACUCCCAAGUAAAAGGCACAUGACAGCCCACUUGGAGUUUGCCAAAAGGCACCUAAAGGGCUCUGACCAUGGUCUGAUGAAACCAAGAUUGAACUCUUUGGCCUGAAUGCCAAACGUCACGUCUGCAGGAAACCUGGCACCAUCCCUACGGUGAUGCAUGGUGGUGGCAGCAACAUGUUGUGGGGAUGUUUUUCAGUGGCAGAGACUUGGAGACUUGGAGGCAAAGAUGAGCGGAGCAAAGUACAGAGAGAUCCUUGAUGAAAACCUGCUCCAGAGCGCUCAGGAUCUCAGACUGGGGCGAAGGUUCACCUUCCAACAGGACAAUGACCCUAGGCAAAAAGCCAAGACAACGCAGGAGUGGCUUCAGGACAAGUCUCUGAAUGUCCUUGAGUGGCCCAGCCAGAGCCCGGACUUGAACACGAUCGAACAUCUCUAGAGAGACCUGAAAAUAGCUGUGCAGCAAUGCUCCACAUUCAACCUGACAGAGCUUGAGAGGCUGUAAUUGCUGUCAACAAAAUACAGAGUAAAGGGCCUGAAUACUUAUGUAAAUAUGAAAUUUCAUUAUUUUUUUCAUAUAAAUUUGCACACAUUUCUAAAACCUGUUUUUGCUUAGUCAUUAUGGGGUAUUGUGUGUAGAUUGAUGCGGGGGGGGGGAACUAUUUAAUCAUUUAUAGAAUAAGGCUGUAACGUAGCAAAAUGUGGAAAGAGUCAAUGGGUCUGAAUACUUUCCGAAUGCACUGAGUAUACAAAACAUCAAGAACACCUGCUCUUUCCAUUACAUAGACUGUCCAGGCGAAUCUAGGUGAAAGGUAUGAUCCCUUAUUGAUUUCACUUGUUAAAUCCACUUCGUUUAUUGUAGAUGAAGGGGAGAAGACAGGUUAAAGAAGGAUUUUUAGGCCUUGAGACAAUUGAGAUAUAGAUUGUGUAUGUGUGCCAUUCAGAGAGGGGUUUUGUAUACUUUUUAAAAACUUUUAUUUUGUUCCACGACCAUGGCGGUAUUGUGGAAAUUCUUGCAUAUGGACACUCGAGGUCAAUCUGGUAGCUGGUUGAGAGAAUGCCUAGAGCGUGCAAAGCUGUCAUCAAGGCAAAGGGUGGCUAUUAGAAGAAUCUCAAAUAUAAAAUAUAUUUUGAUUUGUUUCACACUUUUUUGGUUACUACAUGA